AUGAGGGCCGUGUUAGUCUUGGACUUGUCGCUCAUCGCAAUCGUGGGCUUCUACUUGCUCCUUGCACCCUACACGAAGGUGGAGGAGUCUUUCAACAUGCAAGCUAUACAUGAUAUGUUGAACUACGGAGUGUUCCCAAGUUCAGUAUUACAGAAUUACGACCACAUCUCUUUUCCAGGUGUGGUUCCAAGGUCUUUUAUUGGCAGUGCUGCCAUUGCUAGUAUUGUAAAGGCCAUUGAUUUCAUUUACACUAAAGUAGCUGGCUCCAGCUUGUUAGAAGAUACUGAGUUGGGUCAGUUGAAUGUUCAGAUCAUUGCAAGAGCCGUAUUGGGAGCAGCCAACAUUUUUGGUCUUGUGGCCAUGCGUAGAAGCGUGGACAAAAUCGUUUUUGCUGAGAGAAAGUCAAAGGUCAAAGGGGCUAUUGGGUUUGCUUUCACCUUAUUGCUUCUCUCCCAGUUCCACUUGAACUUCUACAGCACCAGAACUUUGCCUAAUUUCGUGGCCUUGCCUUUGGUCACGUACGGAUUGAGCAAAAUUAUCCGCGGAGAUAUGUCUGGUUUGACUUGGUUGGCAUUCACAGGCACCGUCUUCAGAUUGGAAAUCGGUGUCUUCGCCGCAUCCAUUGCCGUUGUUUCGUCUUUCGGCUUCGGCCAAUCUAAUAUCGUUGCCAACUUGUUCUUGUUGGUGGCUGGAUCUUUAGUAGGUUUGGUUGUCACGACCAGUAUUGACUCGUAUUUCUGGGGACAUUUGGUGGUACCUGAAUUCGAAUCUUUCAGAUUCAAUAUUGUUCAUGGUCAAUCUGUUCACUGGGGCGUGGAACCUUACAGCGCUUACUUUUCCAAGUACAUUGUCAACUUUUUCCGUCCCCCACACGUUUUGGUUUUGGCUGCUGUUGGUCUCUUGAAUGAUCCUGCUCACGAUGGAACGCCCAUGACCUUCACCAAGGAUAACAAGAUAGUAAUUUCUCAUCCAGCAAGACACUCGUUGAGAAUCUUAUUCUUUGCUUCAAUUAUCUUUGUUGCCAUCAUGUCGUUCCAACCUCACAAGGAAUGGCGUUUCAUUGUGUACAUUAUACCAGUGUUCACAUUGGUAGCAGCUAAUGGAUUGACCAAUCUCUUCUGGAGACGUUCUAGACUGAUAGGUCACAAGUUCCUACUUUUGCUCUUCUUUGGAAGUUUCGUGUUAUCAUUUGUGUUCUCCGCCUUCAUGUCUUACAUCUCCAGUUUUAAUUACCCAGGAGGAGAUGCUAUUGGUUUUCUCAACACUUAUCUUGACGAGAAUCCACCAAAGCAUCAUGUUGUGGUACACAUGGAUGUGCCAUCAUGUAUGACUGGUGUCACUAAGUUUACUGAGUUGCACAAUCCUCUCAUUGAAUUUGACAAAACGGAGAAUGAGGAGGACUUAUCUCGCAAGUGGAACAACUUCACUUACUUAAUCACUCUGGUGGAUAUGUCCAAGCCUCAAGCAAGCGACUACGUUGUCUACGACCCCAAUCACUGGGAACAUCUUGCCCUGGUUCCUGCCUAUGGUGGAGUCAAUGCGGUGACUUUCCUUUUGACCGCUUACAACAUCUACAAUGACCCAAACCUAAGAUAUAAUUUCAUACUUGCUGUGUGGAAUGACCUCAAACAAGGUCAGUUUAAUACCCUUGAGUCUUUGUUGCGCAGAGCAAUCGUUUUGAGAGAUUUCAUGUUUGUCUAUAAGCGUACUGCUCAAGAUUCCAUGCCUGCCAUUAUCCUGCUCAAAGAUGAGACUAACAUUGAGGUUGAAGAAUUCGUUGCUGAUACUGAAGAGCCAUUCUUGGGAAGCAUUGAACCAGACACCAUUAAGGAAGAACUCAACGAUCAAAUCGACGAUCUUGAAGUUAUCGUUGAACAGGAGAUUGUGGAAAAAUCGUUCCCAACUUUGGAGCAGUAA